GCGUGCUUUGUCAAAAUGGGUUUGCUUAAAGCUAUACAAAUGAAACUUAAGAGUAAACAAACUAAAAAAUCACGUUUUAAAAAGAUUAUUUUAAACUUUGGCGGUUAUAAAAAUGAGUGAAUACAAAAUUUUUGAUUUUUUAAAAAGUUUAGAUCAAUCUCGAAUACUGUUGAUAAUUCUAAACCAAAAGUUAAACAUGGAAAUUUUAUCAAAUUUAUGGAAUAAAGCUGUUUUUAAAGUGUCUUGUGAUGGUGCUUCAAAUUAUUUAUAUGAUUCACAAUCACUAGAAGGCUUCAAGGAGUGUUUUCUAUACCCAGAUGUAGUAUGUGGCGAUUUUGAUUCUAUUAGAGAUAGUGUAAAAGAUUAUUUCCUAAGGAAGAAUUGCAUUGUGAAAUCUUUAGAUGACCAAAAUGACACAGAUUUUACAAAAGGAACAUUAUUUGGAAUUCAAUGUUGCCAGGAAAAAAAUAUUCAGUAUGAUUUGAUUGUUGCAUAUCCAGCUAUUGGAGGGCGUUCUGAUCAUACGUUUUCUAACAUUAAUACCCUUUAUAUGGUGGAUAAUAAGAAGACUUUGUAUAUAAUGUCAGAUACAGACAUAAUGUGUCUAUUAAAGCCUGGAAAAAAUUUAAUUAAAAAACACAGUGACCAUCAAAAAGCAAUGUGUGGUCUUAUACCAAUAGGAUGUCCAAUUCCUCAUGUUACAUCAACAGGCUUAAAAUACAAUAUUAAUGAUGCUUGCUUGUCAUUUGGAGGAUUAGUCAGUACCUCAAAUUCUUUAGACGAAGAAAAUGAAUACGUAAUGGUUAUUACUUCGCAUAAAUUACUUUUCACAGUAACACAUAAAAAAGAUUAGUAGUAAAUUACUUUAAAGAAAAAAAUGAUUUAAAUUCACUUAUAACCUGAAGAAAAAAAUUGAAAUGUUUUUGACCUCCGUUAUUUGGUAAAGCUGCAAGAUAUUCUUGCUUGAUAAAUUUUUCUAGAAUUAUUUUUGCAAUUUAGCUCUCUUACUUUCAAUAUUUAUUAUUGUAGAUCUUUAAACCAAUAAACAACCAUGGCGUUUUGCUUUAACUUUUAUGUUGACUGUUUUAACAAAAAGUAAAUAAGCAUUUUAGAACGCGGUAAUAAAGAUCCUAACCAAUUCAAUGUAUUACUACUGAUCCUUCAAUAAGCUUUAUUACUAGUUGCUGAUCAAUGAAGUUAAUAAAAAUCAUUAAAAUAA